AUGGCCAAACUACAAAACUUCACUUGGACAGUGGAACAUAUUUUCAAGGAAACCUUCCUCAAUUACAUGAACAACUGGAGGAGAAACAUGACAGAAGCAGCAAACAAACUGCAGGCUGAGGUGGCUGCUGAAAACUUUGACUACGUUAUCCUUUAUCUGAUGGUGAUGAUUGGGAUGUUCUCCUUCAUCAUCGUGGCCAUCCUGGUGAGCACUGUGAAAUCCAAGAGGAGGGAGCACUCCAAUGAUCCCUAUCACCAGUACAUCGUGGAGGACUGGGGAGAGAAGUACAAAAACCAGGUCCUGAAUCCAGAAGAUCUCAAGUGUGUGAUCCACGAAAACCUGGGGGCAAGGGAUAAAACAAGCCCGGAAUCACCUUGA